GGGGAAUUUUUAUUUAAAAAUGGGGUUUUUAAGUAAGAACGAUAAUAGUUCAGUUAAAAGUGACGGGCCAAUAAAGAUUGAUAAACUCUUUCCCGAUGAAAAUAAUAAGAACAAAGAUGAUAAAAGAAACCUGUCCCGUGCAUCGUCAGGUAAAAUUAAGAAUGGAAGGAAUAAGAGGAAACGGCGUCGUAUAAAGGGGUCCAACAAAACUAUAAGGCGUGAUGUGACUGUUUUAAUUGAAGAAUUGAAAGGAGAAAUCCACCCUAAAAGUGAACUUGAAUCAUUAGAUUCAUUGGAUACACUUUCUGACCUUGACGCAUCUCAGUCAUUUGAAUUGAGCAGAAAUGAUUUUGAUCAUUCUCUGAGCCUGAAUACUAAGAAGGAACUAGAUGAGAUAUAUGAGGCUAUUGAUGAGUUAAACAAACUGUGCAUUGAACCUAUUAAAGUUAAGCUCAAAAAGGAUUACGUUAAGAUUAAGAAAUCAAAUAAGGAUCCUGAGAAUAGUGUUAAUGAUAAAGUUGAGGUUGCUGAGGAUCUCAGAUAUAGCGCUGAUAUUAACAUAGUUUUAUCAAGCAGGAAAAGGGGCGAAACUGAUGCUGAUGCUGAUGUUGAUACUGAGGAAAAUACUUCUAAUGACUUUUCACUCAUUGUUGAACCUGCUAGUGAUGAAUCAAUAUCCGGAGAUAACUCAGGCUCAGCACUCAUUGCUCCCAGCAAUAACUUAAAUUUACAGAUUUCCCAUUUCAGCUCUGACUCUGUAAGGACACUAGAUAACUCAGAUAAUACCGAUUCAAACAAUAAGAAAGGUAAUAUUACUGGUGAAGAUGACCCAAGUAAUCCUGACACAACCGGCCGCUCUGGUGACAAUUUAGAAAAGAAUAGCCCUUUUUAUUCAAGGACUCUUUUUUACAGGUUCCAUGAACCUUCCUUUUACUAUGAUUAUUAUUAUAACAGUUUUGUUCCGAAUCAUUCUAAUCUUGAGUAUACCAAGUGUCCCAGCCCCAGUAGUCUGGGCUUUGAUUCCGUAAACUCCCUCAAUAAUUCCCUUAAUGCUCCUAGUGAGAUUAUCAUUAAACCUCCAGUUUCCAUUGGAAAAUCAAUUAGUUUCCGCAGUAAUGUGUGCAAGUCUGUUUUAGCUAAGGACAGGUUCAUUUCUGAUACUGUUUUCCAAAUUAACUGGUUCAACCUUAGCCGCAGGAGAAAAUCCAAGUCUUUUCUCCCCUGCUGCAUUGCUUAAUUUAAUUAAUUUUAUUAUACAUUU